GUUGCCAGGUCCACCCGUGUGGAUCACAAUGGCUGCAUGAGGUCAUGGAAUGUUGAAGAGGUGACAUUAAAGUGGCUCUUAAGUCACAAAGUCGCAGGAGGGUGGGCAUCCUUUUGACAGGGCUCCCGGGAAUAGAGCCAUACAACUCUCCCUGAUGAUCUCAGCAAGUAGCUGCUUCUCCCAGACAGAGUUGGGGUCAAAUCCACGCAUGUCCUCUCCCCACCAAAGCCCACUCUCUCCAGGCUUGCUGGGGAGGAAGAAUAACUACAGUCCCCCUGGGAUUUGUCUGUGUGAGGGCAGGGUGCACGAAGUUUGAGGCAGAAGUGAAUGGACGGGUGUGCUUCUUAGGGAAGCGGCAGAAAGGUGACAAGAAGUGGACAGUGGCCCCCGAGAGGGCCCUGGCGCCAUGGACAAUGAUGAACCUCUUGAGCCUGAGACAAAAGAUGAACCUGAAACCGAGCCGGCAGCACAGAACAGUGACGAGACCUUCUACUGUGAGGCUGAGGCCUCUGUGGCUGGAGAAAAAGAGAAGCCAGGCGGGGAGAGCUCAGAAACAGACCUGGAGAUCGAAGAUACGGAGAAACUUUUCACCACCGGACAAAGGGAGCUGUACCUGGAGGCCUGCAAACUGGUGGGUGUAGUGCCCGUCUCCUACUUUAUCCGGAACAUGGAGGAGUCCUACAUGAACCUCAACCACCAUGGGCUGGGACCCAGUGGUACCAAGGCUAUUGCCAUAGCCCUGGUGUCCAACACGAGUGUUGUCACCCUGGAGCUGGCAGACAACUGUAUCAUGGAGGAGGGCACCUUGAGCCUGGUGCAGAUGCUGCAAGAGAACUACUACCUGCAAGACUUGAAUAUUUCCAACAAUGAUCUUGGCUUGAAGGGGGCCAGCACCAUCUCAGAAUUUCUUCAGAGAAAUACCUCUUCGCUCUUGAACCUCCAACUUUCAGGAAAUAACUUCAAGGACAAAGCCGCAGAGCUGUUCUGCCAAGCCUUCUCGGCCAAUUACCGAAUUAAGACACUGGAUCUCAGCCACAACGAAUUCUCUGAUAAGGGAGGAGAACACCUGGGGCAGAUGCUGGCCCUCAAUAUAGGACUCCAGUCACUGGAUCUGAGCUGGAAUCACUUCCACACACGGGGAGCUGUGGCCUUGUGCAAUGGUCUCCGGGCUAAUGUAACCCUGCAGAAACUGGAUCUCUCUAUGAACGGCUUUGGGAACGAGGGGGCUACGGCCCUGGGAGAGGUCCUCAGGCUCAACAACUCCCUGGUCUACAUAGACGUCAGCAGCAAUGACAUCAGCAACGAAGGAGUCAUCAAAAUCAGCAAAGGACUGGAGUUCAAUGAGAGCCUCAAAGUUCUGAAGCUUUUCCUGAACCCUGUGAGUAUGGAUGGGGCUACGUUACUUAUCCUGUCCAUCAAGAGGAACCCCAAAUCCAAGAUGGAGGAGAUUGACAUUUCUAAUGUGCUGGUGUCUGAGCAGUUCGUAAAAAUAUUGGAUGGGGUGUGUGCCAUCCACCCCCAGCUGGACGUGACGUACAAGGCAGUGCAAGGCUUCUCUGCCAAGAAAGAGCUGCUCUUGUGGACAAACCCCAUGAAACUGAUCCAGAGCUAUGCAGACCAGCACCAAAUCACGGUCAUAGACUUCUUCAAGAGCUUGAACCCUAAUGGAAGAAUGAUGAUGUCUGUGGGUGACUUCCGGAAAGCUAUGAUACAGCAGGACAAGGUCCCUAUGAACCCGUACCAAGUCAGGGAGCUGAUAAAGAAGCUGGCUGAGAAGACAGGCAUGGUGAACUUCAGCUGCUGGUGUCUGGGUGGAGCCCUGAGGAUUAUGAAGCCAGGGGGUAUCAAAAAUUGUGGACUAUGUUAUGGAUCAAUAAAAACAGCAAAGUUUUCUCCAGAUGCUUUUAAUGUAUCUCUUGCAUAAAAAUGAAAGGCAGCAAUUUUCUGAUCAAAUGUUAUGUUUUGCUUGGGUAGCUUUGGGGAAAUUAUGGAGAUAUAGGGAAGCUAAAAUCCACCCCCUCGCCCCCAAUCCUCCAGGCCAACCCUCAACAUUACCAAUCCCAAGAAAGUGAAGGACGACAGAGUCAAAACCUGCCUGCAACAGUCUGGGAACCUUCCCAAAGUUGGAGUAAUUCCGACUAGUGGCCACUAGGUGUCAGGUCAGCUUCAAAUUCCUGGUGAACACACUGCUUCCAGAUCCUUACAGAACGCUUUGCAGCCUUUGUACUUUCUGUGAUCUCCCAAACUUCUGCCCACCAUCCCCC